UUUAUUUCCUGUAAGGAUAAGCACACAGCUCAUCAAGCUCAUCCAGCGCUGGAAUGGAUAUGCACUGACUCUAUUUCUGUGAAGUUAAAGCGCAGGCUGCCGCUGGUCAUUCAGAUUAAAAGGUCAAAUGGAUUGUGACGUCAGGGUUUAGGACGCGUCGCAUUGACUUCAUGCAGAGCAGCGCCAACACAGAAGCGAGCAGACCGAUCCGCACUCCUGAAGUAUGAGUCCACAGACACCAUCCUGAAGGACAAACAUCUCGCAAUGGCCUCUUAUUUAGAGAUAGCUGAUGACAGCAAGGGGCAUGAACUGGAUCUUUUUUGUGUACCGAAACACUAUGAGGAGGAUUUGGACAGUGUCAUAAUACCCAACGGCCUCAUUAAAGAUAGGACUGAAAGGUUGGCGAGAGAUAUUGUUCGGGACAUGGGUGGACAUCCUAUCGUGGCUCUGUGUGUCCUGAAAGGAGGGUAUAAAUUCUUUGCUGACCUGAUGGACUACAUCAAGACACUGAAUCAAAACAGUGAUGAGUCUGUGCCAUUGACUGUGGAUUUCAUUAGACUAAAGAGCUACUCAAAUGACCAAUCAACCAACUCUGUAAAAGUUAUUGGUGGAGAUGAAUUAUCUGCUCUUACUGGCAAACAGAACGUGAUUAUAGUUGAGGACAUUGUUGAAACAGGAAGAACUAUGGAAACGCUGCUUAAACUAUUAAACGAAUGUCAUCCAAAAAUGGUGAAAGUUGCCAGUUUACUUGUGAAAAGGACACCCAGGAGCUCAGGCUACCGUCCAGACUAUAUUGGAUUUGAAGUUCCUGACAAGUUCCUGGUGGGAUAUGCUUUAGACUACAAUGAAUAUUUCAGGGAUUUGAGUCAUAUCUGUAUAUUAAGUGACAGAGCAAAAGAGAAAUAUAAAGUAUGAUGUGGCACCCAAGUGCUGGACGCAUGAGAACAAAAAUCACUGUGAACUUCUCUCCUCGCAUUUUAUUGUUGUUGUUUUUGUUGUUGUAAAUGCGAAUUUAUUUUUGUACCUGUGAUCUGAACUGAAUCGUGAACUCAUACGACAUGGAUCCCCACAGAUAAAUGACUACACUUAUAGUGAUGGGAUAAAAGAUGAUGUAUUUUUGUUCAAAAUAAUAAUCUAAUUAUAAUUGUGAUGAUGGUGGUGUUACUGGAUUGACAAACAAGUGAUGUUACUGGUGAUGAUUAUGGGCAGAGCUGCCAUACAGUUUGUUUUCAUUGAACUGAGGCCUUAGAUUAAUUGAUUUUAUGUUUAUAUGGAAGUCCCUUUUGGCUAUUAGUUGUAAAAGAUUGUUAAUCAUUGUAGCUGAUUAUUUAUAUUUAUUUUAUUUUCUCUAGAUAUACACCCCGGUAACUUCAGAAAUAUACAGAUGUACUGAGAUAUUGAAUGUGCUAUUGUUAUAAAGGAUGUGGUAUUUAAAUUAAGGCUUCUUUGAUUAGAACAAUAAUAAAAUAACACCGAUAUUAACA